CAUUUUCAGUUUUGUUUUCUUAGCCAAAUCCGUGAAGUAUUUUCUUCUUAUUCCAUAUUUCAUUUUCAUCUAUGCUUCACAAGAGUUUUUUUUAUAAAACCGUUGUGUUCUUCUCAGACUGAGGCAUUCCAUUUUCACUUUUGCUUUUGGAGUUGCUGCUAACAACCACCCACUCUCCUCUAUCACCUUCAAUUUUGUACCCCCACUUAUGGAUCUCAAUUUCCUUUGGUUUUGACUAGGGAAAAGCUAGCAGAGUGAAGAACAAAGCCAGAAAUAAUGAAAAAGUUACUAGUAGUAGUACCACUCUGCAUGUUUUUGUUGGUUCUUUUUGUUGAAGCUGCCCCUCAAGGAUCUCUCAUCACACAACUCCCUGGUUUUUCUGGCAAAUUCCUCUCCAACCAUUACUCAGGAUAUAUAAGUAUUGAAGGAAAUGCUGAGAGUGGGAAGAAUCUGUUCUACUACUUUGUUAGUUCAGAAAGAAAUCCAAGGAAUGAUCCAGUUGUUCUAUGGCUGAAUGGUGGGCCUGGUUGUUCAAGCUUUGAUGGAUUUGUUUAUGAACAUGGGCCAUUCAACUUUGAGGCUGCAAAAUCAAAAGGGAACCUACCCACUUUGCAUAACAAUCCUUACAGCUGGUCGAAGAUUUCCAACAUUAUAUAUUUGGAUUCACCAACUGGCGUUGGCUUCUCUUACUCAAAUAACAUAAGCAAUUACAUAACUGGGGACCUACAAACUGCUUCUGAUACUCAUGCUUUCCUCUUAAAGUGGUUUGAGCAAUUUCCAGAAUUCCAGACUAAUCCAUUUUAUGUUUCUGGGGAGUCUUAUGCUGGAAUUUAUGUACCCACUCUAGCUUUUGAAAUUGCUAAAGGAAUCCAGAGUCGUGCAAAGCCCGUGAUCAAUUUGAAGGGUUACAUGGUGGGAAAUGGUGUCACGGACCCGAUAUUUGACGGUGAUGCUUAUGCUUUUAUACCAUUUGUGCAUGGGAUGGGCCUUAUAUCCGACACUAUGUAUGAGAACGUGCAAGCUACUUGCAAAGGACCCGAUUACAAUUCUAAAUCUAAUCCUGUGGGUGGUACAUGCAAUACGAACAUGGAUAAAGUUAGUAAGGCUGUUGAGGGGCUUAAUGUGUACAAUAUAUUAGAGCCAUGCUACCAUGAUCCUGAAAGUGUAACAAAUGGAAGCUCUAAUUUGCCAUUAAGUUUCCAAAAAUUAGGGGCAACAGAGAGACCUCUCCAAGUGAGAAAGAGGAUGUUUGGUAGAGCUUGGCCUUUUAGGGCACCAGUCAGAGAUGGCCUUGUUACCUUAUGGCCUCAAUUAAUGGCUGCCCAAAGGAGACAUGUCCCUUGUGUUAAUGAUGAAGUAGCAACCACAUGGCUAAACAACGAUGCAGUCAGGAAAGCCAUUCAUGUUGAUAAGGCAAGUGGUGCAUGGCAAUUAUGCACUGAUAGGAUAAGUUUUCGACAUGAUGCUGGUGGCAUGAUUCCUUACCACAAGAAUCUAACAAGAUUGGGCUAUCGAGCACUUAUUUUCAGUGGUGAUCAUGAUAUGUGUGUACCAUUUACUGGAAGUGAGGCUUGGACCAGAUCUUUGGGAUACAAGGUUGUGGAUGAGUGGAGGUCAUGGAUCUCCAAUGACCAAGUUGCUGGGUACUUACAAGCAUAUGAGAACAACCUUACCUUCCUUACAGUAAAGGGAUCUGGGCACACAGUACCGGAAUAUAAGCCACGGGAAGCACUUGAUUUUUACAGUCGUUGGUUGGAAGGAAAAUCAAUUUAAUUGUAAAUCCACCAACCAAAAUUAUAAUAAUAAACAUUUAUAUAUGCACAAAGUUGCCAAGUGAUUAACUUUGUGUCCCCCAACAUGUUUUUACCUGCGAUUCACCCUUUGUAUUAACCAUAUGUAAGGGUUUAUUAAAUAUAUUUAGUGAAUUUAAUUGGUUUUAUAUCUCAA